GAAAAAAAUAUGGGUUGACUUUUGUAUAGUAAUUAGGUACAUAAUUGCUCAGUGGACUUUUGUGUACGAAGUAUGGAAUCGAGGACGACUAUGUUUUAUUUUGUGACUCAUGUUUGUAAGAUAAGCUUUUUAGUUUAACACUAUGUCUAGAAAUAUUGUUUUUGAGGGUUGGUUAACCAAAUCACCGCCCUCGAAACGUAUCUGGAGAACGAAAUGGAGGAGAAGGUGGUUUGCCUUGCGCCAGUCGGGGGAGCUCCCAGGGCAAUAUUUCCUAGACUACUAUGCGGAUCGUAAUUAUAGACGGCUCAAGGGCACCAUCAACUUAGAUUUGUGUGAACAGGUUGACGCAGGUCUCCACAUGGAGCGUUCAGGAAAUGGUUCAUUGGAUCCCAAAGUUCGUGGUUCUGUGUUUACUAUACAAACACAAUCAAGGAUUUAUCACUUGGAGGCAGAUUGUAAGUCAGAUAUGGAAAAAUGGGUUGAUGCAAUUUGCAGAGUCUGUGGUCUUCGAGCAACAGAUGAAUCAGAUGAAAUAGGGCACUAUCAAAAUAAUGUAAAUGCAAACAAUGUAUCUGCAUUAAAUGAACAGAAAGAGUGCGCCGAUACCACUGGCCCAUAUAUACCAAUUUCUGAAUGCAGAACAGGAGUUCGUGCGCAGGAUUCGCAGAGGGCGUUUACUUUUGACCCCAAGAACAUAAUCACGAGUGCGAGACACCCGCUGGAGAGGAUGGCUGAGUACCGGGAGCACCACAUGUACACCAGCCAGCCUCAGAUCAGACUCAACAACCAGGACUCGGAGAACGAUUCCACUUUGAGCGAUGAGGAGUGCAAGUCGCUGAAUGCUAGUCAAUCAAAUAUUCAUGACUACUCCGUUUCAAAAACGUUCACUAAACUAACCAUCAGUCCUGAAAAAGAUGAAUUACCUGAAGACGGCCCUCCUGUGCCGCCACGCCCACCUAAAACGUUUUCUAGGAGCAAAGAGCUCUUUUACAAAGAGACAUAUCAAGGUCCUAAAUUUCUAGAGCCACCUGACACUCCAGAUCCUUCGCACGGUCUUCGCGUUUCGCGUCGCAAGUCGCAGGGCGCGGCACCUCCAUCCCCUGUAAGGGGCCAUCUUACACCCUGCGUUGUCAAGAUAGCUGAUGAAGAAGAAGAAUAUCCCCCAAACUAUCAGUCUAUGCAGUAUUGUAACCUAGCGUCGCUACCGCCGGCGGUGGACAGAAACUUAAAGCCGCGUCCGCAGAGCCACAGCAUGGCUCCAGUGUUCGCGCCUGCAAUACAAACCCCAAUACCGAUGGCGCCCCGAGCUGAGCCCAGAUCGGACACGCUGCAAUAUUUAGAUUUGGACCUAAUGCCGAAGUCAUCGCCCAUCAAGACUGCCGAUGGCCGUCGAAGGGACAUAAUCCACGGGAAAUCUUACUCGGCCGCGGACGCCGACUGCGCCUACAAAACGGUCGAUUUCCUCAAAACCGAGGCCUUUAACAUCACCCGGCAGGACGCGGAGGCUUUGCGGAACAGUCAUUAUUGACAUUACAAGUAAAGUUUCAACUUUAUAUACUUUUGAAUGUGUAGUACUUGUUGUUUGCCACCUAUGAUGUCGGGGUUAUCGAAUGUGUCGUAAGUACGCGCCACAAUCAAGGUUAUGAGAACUUUAAUUGAAGAAUUAAAAUGUCUUUUUAAUAGUGUAAAACUUACACAUACUGAAAGUUUAUACCCAACGUCGAUGUUUACAUAUCAAUUCACUUCUGAUUUAGCCUACAUAUUUAGGUGCUGUAUAGAGUUCUAAAGUUGUACACGGAUUGUAUGACUUCCUAGUGUCACGAGAUAAGUCGAAUUUCCACCCAGAACACCUAAUCAUUGUGAACCAUUCAAUAUAUAUACAUCAUAAGUAGUGUGUGUUUUUUGAGAAGUAUGUGACAAGUUGCUACAUCAUUGCCCUGAUUGGUUACGAAACAUAUUUUAAUCAUUAUAGACACAUCUUCGUUGUAGAGUUAGCCCAAAACGGUUGAAUCAUAAUAUUCGUUGAGUGAAUUAUUGAUGAUGUUUUUUAAUUUUAUUGUACCAGGUACACAAUUCUGUCUCUCCACUUACCACUUACCACAUAAAACUAGCUACAAGAGCUAGUUUUUUUUCUUAAUUACUGACUUUGAAUUGAAUCUGUCCACAUCACAGGUUGGGUAUAAUACUCGACAUCUUAUUUGUAUGUUUUGUUAAUAGCUGAAAUGGGUAGACGUCCAUAUGAUAUUGUAACUUGCAAACAUGCCUUAUUGUUAUGUACUCUGUGUAUUUAGUGAACUAUGUGGCAUGUCGCAGAAAAUCUCUACCCGCUUUUCCAGUUAUUUCUUGUGAAUGUUUCCUCUUUCUUAAAUUUAUUCUGUGUUUAAACUAUAGUAGAUAGUUCAGAAAAAAAGUGUCGAUAGCCUAACCAGAUAUAUUAAAACCGGAUUGAAAAAUCUUCCUUUUUUACAUUUGUAGACCCAAUAAAACGUACUUUAUCGUACAGUAAUGACGUGCGCACACUGCCUGGAUUUCUUGUUCCCUGUUGAAUGGGUGCGAUGUUGCCAAUCCUAAGAUAAAUACUUGUAGGAUAAAUAUUCGACUAACGUUACCAUAUUUGAAUGCGUCUGAAUUAUAGAUUUUUUCUUUACAUUCCAUUCGACGUCACUUUGUACUCUCUAGUACAAGACCAUUUACAUUCGACGAACGUGGGCUUAGUCAAAUAUAUUAUUUUUAAUUGUUGGAGAUGUCUAACAUUAUUUUUUCAUUAUUGAAAACGCAAAAAUAUAAUUCAGUGAUUAGGUGGGUGAAGGUAAUUAUUGUUACGAUUAAUAGUAGCAUUAGUUUUAAAUUUGGAUAUUUAUUUCUAAAAAUACAAGACUUCAUUAUAUUUUUACUUAUGAAACACAUGGAAAGUCACAAAGUUUUUAGCUUGAAAACCACUAAAAUUUAUAGAAAUUGUUUGUAUACGUAGCGUACUACUAAUUCGCGUUGCAGUCAGUGUGCGCAUUCCCUUAGAACUUAGAGUAUGCGUACGAAUUGAAUUCGUACGAAACGUCAUGCAAUUUAUCAAAUUUUGGAUGGCUUAUAUUUAUCUGGUUAGACUACUACUGCUACAUAUGUAUGUACUAUAAAUGUAUUACGUAAUCUUCUUGAAGUAUGCGCUGUUGUAAAGAAGUUAAAUUCAAAUAUCCCAACGAGCUGAGAUAAUAAUGAAAUUAAGGAGAAAUAAAACUGCUGAAAUUUAAUCGUUCUGAAAUUCGUCAUGUAACGUCUGAUAAGAUCUUGUGAGAGGACCAGAGGAUCUAAAAACCGCUCGGGCUCUAGGCAAUUUUGCAAAUGAUAAAGUAUAUGAAUGUUAAUAAUCAUUUUGAUGAUCGUGUUUUAAAGCAAAGAUUUUUUUAUUAAAUAUACUUGGACAUAUAGAAUAAGGUCUUGGGAUCUUGAACUAAUAGAUUACUCUUUGUGGUAAGUUUACAAUAAUUUUUUUUAUAAUGCAAGUAGAAACACUUUUUUGCAAUAUUAUGCACCAAAAUACAGAAUAUAUUUCAUCAUAUUUCACUUUAAAUAACCUCCGUAUUCUUAAUUUACAGUGGUUAUUAACUUAGAACGGAUUCAUCAUGGCCAUUCGUUCAUUCGUUUUUUACUAGAUAGCAUUAUCCUAUUUCAAAGGAUGGAAAUUUAAAAGCUGGGGAAGAUCUAGACUCGCCUAUCCCGGUGAUUAAAUGUCGGAAGCCUUAAAUACCGGCAAAAAUGUAUGGAAAAAGCUACGAACGAAAAGGAAGUGAAAUAUGUAUGCACGAACUGUGUUACGUAGCGCUUUCUGCCUACCCUGAUCGGGAUAUGAACAUAAUAUGCGUGACGUGUGUAAUACAAACAAUUGUGAUAUUUUUUGACAUAAUACGAAGCUCUCAUCUAUCACAAAAAAUUUCAAAUAUAUCGGAUAGCCCAAGGAAUACAGAAAACCAAAUAACAAAAUUUUACCGCCUAGUUUUUUUACAGAUGUAAAUACGUAGGUCAUAAGAAGCUUAAGUCAAACAACUCUCAAAUAUUGUAUCACUAGCAUAAUAUUGGUUAUAGAAAUAAAGUAUUUUUAUUUUUUUUUUAUUAUUUUUGAUCUAAUUAAAUUGAAGCUAUGAUGAUUUUGUUGGAUUGUUAUUAUUUAAUUGGAAAAAAGUAAUAUAAUGAUAGAUUCAAUUUUCUAUAGCUUACUAUUAUAUGCUUUUAAUAUCUAUAAAGUAAUUCGAGCAAAGGAAUAAGGUAAAAAAAAUAUAUUCUCGUUAUAAAAUUAAGCAAGAAAAAAAUACUUCAAUAGUUUUCGACAAACAUGUUCAAAUAAACAACAAAAACAGUAAGAUAUACAAUAUAAAAAGGACAUGGUAAAGUUUUGUAUGAGCGACUGCCCUGGCAAUGUAUAAAUACUGUACUUAGUAAUAUUUAAUGGUAAAUGGCUGAAUAUUUAUAAUUUCUAUGAAAAAAGGAUCAGGAACUUUUGAUAAAGUCGCAAUCUUGAAAAUUAUGAGAACUCCUACUAUGUCAUUACCUUACUGCAGUUGAUAAAAGAUGUUGCCAAUUAUUUACAGAGUCAUCAAUUUCGCAUUUUCUUAGAAUCUUUCUUCCCAUUUCACUGAUUAACUCUUCACAAAAAGUGUUUUUAAAGCAAAAAUAAUACAAAUAGUUUGAUAACGUCGCGUCGGCCUGACAGGAAAUCUGUGAAGUUUUAUUUUGUUUUUUUUUUGUGGUUAAUUUGUCCCUGUUGGGACGGGCAAAGGAUUCUGAGUCCAUACAGUUUUAUUUUGUUCACUUGCAAAAAUUAAAGGAUUUAUUUUCAUACAGCCUUGUCUCAAGCCUGAUCAGAAUAAUAAAAUCUAUUAUUUUAGGCCUUCAGUGAUUUGUUUUGAUAAAAAUUAGGGCUAAAUAUGUCAUAGUUAGAAGGAGUUUAGAAAUAAUAUUGUUUAUUUCGAUAUACUUACACAAAUAUUUUUUGUGUACAUUUAUUGUUCAUUUAUUUUGUAAAACGGAACAUUUUGCUUUUUAAACAGACAUGAAGUCAAUUUUUAUGCUUUUAAAUAUUUGAUUAUUUUACGAAAGUUGUAUGAGAAUAAUAAACACGUAAUAAUUUAUAAAAAAAUAUUGUAAAGUUACGGGCUAGUGCGAAAUAUUUAUACACGUUAAGGGCAGUUGCUUAGCCAUGUCCUUUAGACAUAAAAGUAAGGGAAUUUAAUAAAAAACAAAAAAGUACGCUACAAUUUUUUCCUUAAAGUCAAUAACUUCGGAGGUAUAGCGAUAAAUGCGUUUUCAAAUAUGGCGGCCAGUGUGACCUCCCUAUAUUCCCCGAUUUUUAAACUUAAGCUUCUUAUGACCUCCCUAACAUCUGUAAAAAAAACUAGUGUGGUAAAAUUUUGCAUUACGAUCAAGUAUAACCGCGAUCUCUGUUCCUUGGGCUAGAACCUCAAUUUUAAGUGCCUUCUUUGUCAUGACAAUUAAAUAAUGCUUCUUUAUGUUGAUUUCCUGCAUUUUUUUUUACAUAGAAUUGUAGCUUUUAUGUUUUCUUUUUGCUAGUGGUUUAUUGUGGUGUAAGUAUAAUAAUGUUUGGAAUCGUGUAUAUAGUUUUAAGAUGCAAAUUUUAUCAUUAAUAUAUAAUUGAAAUUAUAUCGGUAAAGUUAAAUUAUGCUACUGACAUCUGACAUAUUUAUGUAAGUAACAGCGAGUGACAAUGUCUUUUUUAGUUCCGACUAUAAAAAAUAUUUAUGAAAAAAAAACUCAAAACAUAUAGGUUCAGUAAAGAUAUAAAGUUUCCGAUCUGUUAUUAUAUUGUGUUACGAACAGUAGAUAUUAGUACGAAGAGACUGGCAUUACGAUAUGGUAUGGGUGUUACUAACAAGGGUGUGUUAAAUCGUGUAUCCUUAUCUCUCAGCCCUAGAGUGGUCGAGACGCGCCGUCCGUAUAGGCCACUCUUUUUCAUGAACAUGCUAAGGCGAUCUGCACCGAAUGUGGAACCACCGAUACCGAUGAUAGUGAUUAGUCCGCCGCAAAAUCAAGCACAGUACCUCCCUAGCGGAAGCAGGUCUAGCCACCCGCUGACACCACACCAAAUUUCGACUCUCACGACUACGACAUGCGGCAAUCAACGAUGCUACGAGUGUAGCGAGGAGUUCUGACGUCUCCAGUUUGGAUUGGCCAACGAAGCUCCGCGAAGUUCAACAUUAGACCGCCUCUUUGAAUGCCUCACUUUCCAAUGCAUCAAAGAUCGUGACCGUCGAAACCAUUAAAUGUUAGUUGCUUUUUGUGUCGAGUUAAUUCAGGGUGUCAAAAAUAAUACAUAACAUUAUAGUUAUAACUUUAAUACCCCGUCUAAAUUCAGCCACUGUAGACAAUAGAUUCAGAAAAUCUAUACGAUACAUCGACUAACGAUUUUGAAACUGCAACUUCUGAAAUCACUGUAAUCCUUAUGUGUAGUGUUUGUUAAUAUAAAUAUAAUAAGAUGAAAACGCGAAAAAACAUAUAUAAUUAAGUGAGUGUUCAAUGUUUGGAUUAUAUUUGGUCUGGCUUAUUAUGAUGUGAUUGAACAAUGAAUAAUUAAACUCAGCAACGAAUAAUAAUCUAGUGAAUGAAAAUCAUUUAGAUAUAAUGUUUCACUGAUUCAAUUCUAUUAAGAACUUUCCAAAAUAAGUAGAAAACUUUUUUCUUGUGAUGAUGGUGUACCAAGUUUACAGAUUAAGGACCGUAUUACAUAAAGAUACUCAGUGAUUGAUCUAAUCUUGAGCAUAGUUAGAAAGGGAUGUCGCUAUAUAAAGCUCAUAGCGACAUCCCUUCUAAUUGUACUCAAGUGUUGAUCAAGAUCAACAAGUGUUGAUCCAGAUGACAACUAAGUAGUUGUCAUUCUGUAAUACGGGCCUUAGUGUACCAAUAGAAUAAAAAAAUAACAUUAUGUGGUGAUACGUUUAGUGAGAAAAUUUACUAUUUAUAGAAUUGUAUAAGAUAUGCUUUACCAAGUUUUUGAGGAGUACAUUACUAUGUAUGUGUAUUAUGCUGUUUCUUAUAUUAAUGAGUAAGGGCAAUGCUACUAGGAAGUUAAAGAUUGGAUUGGGUUAAUAUGCAAACAAAGAAAUACAAUCGAUUCCUACUCGAUUAAUUUAACCGAUUUAAUAUACUUUCUCUCUUUUAUGAGUAUUAAAUAUACUUUUUCUCUGUAAAUAUCUCUGUAGAUCAUUUACACCUAUUUAUAAAGCACCUAUUCCUGCAUUGAAGGGUUGCUAAACUCAUAAUCAUAGUGAGAUUAUUGGGUUCUGUUAUAGAAACGCAAAUGAGACUGGCAUGUGACUUUUUAUACUGUGACUUAUUCUCUCAUAAAAUUUUGUAAUACUAUAUCGAGAAUUUAUUUCAACUAUUACAAAUAUAUAUCUAUACUAUUCCGUCUUUUAGCGGAACCCCGUUGUAACUUAAUCGUUAGUAGUUUGAUAUUACAUAAGAUAUAUAUAUAUAUAUAUAUAUAUAUAUAUUCAUGUUCAACGUACUUUGCCAUGCCAUUUUAUAAUUCAAUAGAAACUCAACGAAUAUUUGAAAGGAAAAUUUUACAUUUCUUAAAAAAAACAAAUUUGAUAUUUGUCUGUAUGUAUAUUUCAUUAGACUCUGCUAAUAAACCGUUAAAGACAAUCGGUUCGACUUAAUCGUAAAUUUUUCGAGUUCACGAGACUCAAUAUUGUGAUUAAUGUUUCAUAAAUCGCCUUCAAAAAUCGGUCGCCUUCUGUUUGAUGCUGAGUGGUUGGCCUAAGAAAAUUUUAUUGAAAGUUUAUUGUGCCCAUAAAAACGUUAUUCCAUUACGUUUGUUUGAGCAUUGUGAUAUGCAUUGUGUUAGAAUUAACUGUUGAAAUAAUAUAAAUAUAAAAAUUGUGAUGUUACAUAAUUAUUCAAUAUGCCUAUAACUUAAGUGCACGAUCAGUGUUUUAAAAUUUCUAUAAAACCUUCCUUCCGCAGUAACGAUAAAUAAUAAUAUAAUAUCAUUUUAUAUUAUUUUUUUAAACUGAUUUUUCCAUACAAAAAUGACUAUUUUCACUUUAUCGAAAUUAAUAAUGGAAGAAAUUUAGAAAUUAUACGAAUAUUUAUGACAAUUACAAUGUGAUAUUUAUAAUUACUAUUUCAAUAAGUACAGCACUAUUUUUGUACACUUAAUGCGUUUAGCACUAUCUAUUCAUGAAAAAAUGUCUGUAAUUUAUAUGAAGUACUUUGUAUGAACGAAGAUUUCGCGAAUUGUCUUCAUGUUUUUCAAAAAAAUAUAAAAUUAUGUUUUGGUAAUAAUUCUCAUGACCUGCAUAAGCUUUACGAUCAGAGGUGCUGUCAUAUAGAUUGCUAUGUUACAUAUCUACUUAAAAUAAGCAUCGAAUGACAGCUGUAACCAACCAUUAGAGGGCGGGCAUGGUAUUACUAUAUUACAUGUAUAUUAUAAUGUACUAAAAUAUUUUUAACUAGUUAAUAAUGUAGUUUUAAAAAGAUGCAGGUAUUAAGCUUUAGUCAUGUUUGUUGAAAGGAUCCAUUCUUUUCUCCAUACACUAUGCCCAAUUUUGUACCCCAAGUAUUCUCAUGCAUUUAUGAGUAGAUGAAUACGCCGAAUUCAUCAAAAAUGAAAAUGGAGUUUAUUAUCCACUUGAACCACAUACAAAAAUCAGAAAUCAUGUGAUUUUUUAUACAACCAACCACUAUCAGGCAAAAGAAUUUAAACCAAUGGUAUAAACUGUCAUUUGUCAGUUAAUAGCAAAUUGCGUCUAAACAAUUACGUUUCUUUAUACGCAGAUUCCCUAUUUUACUUCAGAAUUUCAGCAAUUUUAUUGAAUUUAUAGUGAUUUUGAUGAGUGUCUUAUAAGUAUAAUUUUAGAUGUUUUUUUGAGAUAAUUUGUACCAAGGUAUAAAAUUGGGCAAAAAUCGAAGGUUUAUUUCUUGAUUGGCGAGAAUUCUGGUUACUAAAAUAUAACCACAUAAGUCGUUUUCCUCUCAAUUCUUGACCCCUUAUUAUCUUACUGCAAUGAGUCUAAAUAAGUAUUAUUUUAGGUGUUUUUUGAGAUAAUUUGUACCAAGGUACAAAAUUGGGCAAAAAUCGAAGGGUUCCUAUAUUGAUUGGCGAUAAUUUUGGAAACUAAAGUAGAUUUCCUUUCAAUUCUUCACCCCUUACUAUCUUAUUGCAAUGGAAAAGGAUGUCAACCAAUUGUUUGUUUGUCGUGUGAAAGAAUGAUAAAUUUCGUGCGUAUGCAUUUACCAACAAUAUGAUGUCCCUGUGUAUCGUAAAAAGAAGUAAGCUUGGUCUUGAAACGCCAGCGAACCGCUGGCGAUUAAAUUUGUUGUGAGACUUAGCCUUUUUUAGAAACUUAAGAGGUGUACGGCUAGGUACACAAACCCCAUUUAAAGGUGUGAUCUUUAAUGUAAAAUGAAAUGUUAUGUAUAUGUUUUAUACACUUUUUCAAAAUGUUUUACACACUUUUAGUAUUUUCCACAGUCUCUACAACUUUACUUGAAUAAUAAGCGUAAAAUGAAUGUGAGAAAAUGAAAUAAAACACGUGUUCAACUGUGUAGUAUUUAUAACAAAAUUAAUGUUAAAGUUCCACUGCAUCCUGUAGUGACGACUAUUUAUACUCGAAUAUUAAAUCUUUAAUAACCAAUCCACAGUUAAAAUGUUAAUGUUUAAAUAUAGACACGUUACUAUUUAAGAUAUACUUACCUACCUACUUAAAAAUAAAAUUGUAUUAUUAGAUAUAAAUGUAUGUUGUAAAAAAAUUAAAUACAAAUAAUAUAAUAGUUUGCAACCUCUUAUGUACACUACAUUAGUGGCGUCAUUGUGACUAUUUGUUCCCAGUAAUUUUAACGCAUAAUAAUGUUGACAACAAAAUAGCAUGCGUUAGGUUCGUCUACGUUCCUAGUGGGAGCAAAACAAUGGGAAAGCGAUAGAAUGAAACCUUUACCGUAUAUAACAAUAGUAGUUUGGCUCGCGCCAAUGAAUAAAUAGACAUAAAAUGUAGACGCAAGAAAUUUCGUCCAUUUUGCACAUCCUGUUUAUUCAUAAUAAAGACAUUAACUUUUGAGAUGAGCACCAAAUUUUUAUGUUCUAUUCGUGUUUGUUGUGUGAUGGGAAGUUAUCCAAAAAAUAAAAGAGUAACAGAAUGGCUUGUGUCGUGAUUUUCGAACAGUUUAACUUUUUGGGCACGAGUUUAUACUAAUGAAUUCUUUAUUAUAACAAGCUUCGUACAUAAAAGUGCUCGAAACUCUUGGUAUGAUCAUUUUAGAAAUUAAGUAUUAAACUUGUGUCCGAUGGAUAAUUUUUUGCACAUAAACAUCCAAAUUCAAUGUUUCAAGGAAAGUAAAAAUUAUUAUAAUUUUUAUGCAUACAUAAUAUUAAACGGGUCGAAAUAAAGAAGUUAAGAAACAGAAAAAGGAAUGUUAACGUUUGAAACUGUUAGAUUUUUAUAUUCACCAAAAUAUUUAUUAAACAGUAGUUUUGUUCAAACAGUUAUUUCACCCCUGAUUCCAUUUUAAACAAUGUUAUUUAAAGUCUGUUAAGCCAUUAUAUCAAUAUAGAAUAUUUAUGAUUGAUCACGUUACAUAUUAAUUGUAUUUUGUAAAAGGUCAAUUUGCAUCGGACUCAAGGGAAGAGCAAACAUUUACAAAAAUAUGAGACAUUUGGUCGAAUUCGUAUAUACGCUAUAAACGUGACUCUUAAAUAAGGGUCCCGAAGACUGAGGUGCUAUGAAAAAGUAAGGAAAGCUAAAACGUGUAAUGCGAAAUCGUGAAUUUUUUCAUAAAUAAGUAUUGUUCAUGGGUUUUUAUACUGACCAACUUAAGUAUAUCAUUCUUAGCAUGCAUAAAGUGACUUUGUGAAUGAAUCAAGGAAUAAACUAAUGAACAGGGUCGUUACUGUAAUGUUAAGAUGUCAGUAGUAAUAAUGCAUAAAUGUUAAUAUUGAAUGACAUUGACAUACCGGCCCAUUGAAAAGAAAACUCGCUUGUUUGAAUAUAAGAUAUGGAGGUAUCGUUUACAAUUAUUGGUCCUAUGAAAGUUGUACUUUAUUAUUAGUUACAGUAUUCGUUAAAGUAGUAUUAAAAUCGAUUGACAUUAGCGCACAAUGCAAUAACACAAUUAUUAUUGUAAUCAUAUAUGUAGAUGUUCUCUUAAUUAAGUUCAUGUUAAAUGUUAUGGUUAUAAAAAAAUCAAUGUAUUAGAGAAAGAAAAUAUCUGUUAGAUGAGAUAAAUGUUAUAAUAGAUAAAGUGAAUAUUCAAAGGUGAUGUUGAAUGUUAAUAUUAUAAAAAUGAGGAAUUUUGCUUAUUUGACACUUCAUGAACAUGACUUUUGUGAUUGGACACUUCGGAGGUUAAUUUAAAUGCAUAAAUUAUAAUGUGUCGUGUUGGACGUCGUAAAAGAUUAAAUGUUGGUUCAGUGUUCACUGCUCACGUCUUUAUACAUAGAUUCACGCGUGGCGGUGGGUACAGUUCGCUCUUGCAUCGCGCAGCGGCGCCUUGCCAUUAGAGUUGAAAAUUACCAAAAGUUUCGGUAAGAAACGAAAGUUUCGAGGUAACUUACCGGUAAGUUUCGUGAAACUUACCAAAAUUAGGUACAUAAUUUAAGUAAUUUUCAAAAAUGAUGAUUAACUUACAAAUGUGCAACAGCAGCUUAUUUUAAACGCUUUUGUUUUAUUUUUAUUGAUACCUAUCUACUUAUAAUAUAUAAAAACGCUGUACCUAAUACUAAUAAAGCAUCCCAAAACAAGAUUUUUAAACAAACGUAUAGGUAUUUAUACUACAGAAUUAUUCGAAAACAAGAAAGGUACAUAGAAAUAAGUAUGUUUCUAAGUUAUCUUACAUUUUUUAAGUGCGAAAUAAUAUAGAAUAAAUACUAAUUCAAUGUUAGUUGAGGUAAGAGAAUAUUUUUUGAAAACUUCCAAAAUUGGAAACUUUCAGGAAACUUUCGCGAAACUUACCAUCGAAAAGGAAACUUUCGAGGUAAUUUUCAACACUAUUUGCCAUUCACCUUGUUUGGGAGAGAAUCUAGUAGAAUUUUGAGCGCUUAUUUCAAUAAUCCCUUACCGGACGCAUAUACGUCAUCAGUGGGACGGUAAUCACAAACGAGUAGAAAAUUUCAGGUUAAUAAAGUUAUUUUCUUUCUAUUACGGAAAAUAAUAAAAAAUAAGCGCUCAAGUAAUUAAUAAUUUGAGACUUAAUUUUUAAUAACCAACUGACCCAUUGCUCUGUUCUCGAUAUAUUAUUACAUCUAAAGUAACAUAACCAUUAUGCACCCACCGUCAUUCCGAGAAAGUAUUCUGUAUCUUUUACUAUAUAUUUUGUACAAAAAUCAAGUACUAUGAGAACAAUGACUUUUAUAUAGCCAAGAUUCAAUCUACAACAUUGCCAUUAAAGUGAACUGUGGAGUGAGUUCUAUUUGAAGAUCUGGAUUUUUAACUAAAUAAGAAAAAUGUACUCAGCAUUGCAUUUAAAAAAUUCGUAGCAUUUCAUUUAGGAUAUAUUUAUUGGCAUGGUUCUCGUAAAACCAGCAGUAACAAUCUAAUGUUAUACGGAAUAAAACUUACCUACAUUACAUUAAAAAAAAAUUCAACUAAAAAUUAUAGCUAUAAGUACUGAUACCCAAUUUGAAAACACAGAUUUUACUAUGGGCACCCUUUUUAAUAUGCAAUAGUCAGCAUAUUUAUUAAGUUGGUAUACGUACAGUUGUACAAUAUAUUACAUUAUUAUCUUACGAUGUUCUAUAAUUUAGAUGAUAAAAGUUUCUAUAAAAUAGUUGUUUAUAGGAUAAAAGUGAGAUGUUAGUAUAAGCCAUCGACGCAUUUUUUUAAUUAUGAAGUUACCGCAACACUUCUAGAUCACAAAUAUUCAAAUAUAAAUGCAAUUGUGUAGCUCAAAUCAAAUGUAUUAUUUAUUUCUCAAAUUUAAUGUUUUAUUAUACACUCGAUCGCAAUAACUCUCUUUCAGUAUUAUUCAUGUCUUAAUAAAUGUAAAAAAAACCGUCUCUCUUAGAUUGGGUAGUUCUAUUAAUAUUUUAAUAAUGAUUUCCCUAGUUUUAUUCGUGACUCGUUAUUUUUACCCGCAAAAGCAAGAGAUAAACCAAAGUUUUACUAACUUACACACGGUCACUUGUAAUGUUAUUUUAUAUUGUAUUAAUUUGUUUUUAGUUAAUUAGCUAGACUUUUUAUUUAUAUUUGCAACACAUCACAUGUCUCUUUGUAGUUUUAUUGAAUAGUAUAAUAAAUGCAAGACCGCACUGAUGAGCGGAUUAUUUGAGACAAUGUCUCAUUUAAUAGCCGUCUUUUUAUUGUAAAUAAGUACUACUAUGUAUAAUUUUGACUUAAUUUAAUUAUCAUAAUGCUUGGAUGCCAUUACAUUGUUAAUUUAAUAUCAAUACUUACUUAUUUUUAGGUAUUAUUAGUUUUUAUAUGGUAUUUUACGUACGUACCUAUACUUACGGUAUUUCAAAUAGAUUUAUUUGCUUAGGUAACUUUGCAAUUUUGUUGAUGCAAACUACAUGUACAGAAUGUAAAGUAUAUUAUUUUCUGGUAUAAAUAAAUAUGGAAUUUCAAUAUAUGUUACAAGGGGUUUUCAUUUCUUUUUGUCAUAAAGUAUAUCCCUUUGUUUGGUACCUAUUUGUUAAAAAGAUAAAGGAAAAUAUCCAUUAAUCAUUUUCAAAAUAAUAUAAUUAAAUAAUAAUUCAAUUUAAUACG